AUCGGACACAAUGUUUGUUCGACUGACCGAACGUGACGUCAUUUGAGAUCAACCGAUUUCCACCCCCAGCGCGAUCAAAUUGUCGCGAGACCUGCGUUACUUCCUACCACGCGGAACCAGCUUUCAAGAUGGCUUUGGUCAUCCCCGAGAAAUUCCAGCACAUACUUCGUGUCUUGAACACAAACAUUGAUGGGAGGCGGAAAAUCGCCUUUGCGAUCACUGCCAUCAAGGGUGUGGGCCGACGAUACGCCCAUGUGGUGCUGAGGAAGGCCGACAUCGACCUCAACAAAAGAGCCGGCGAGCUGACCGAUGAGGAGGUGGAGCGGGUGGUGACCAUAAUGCAAAAUCCUCGCCAGUACAAAAUCCCGGAUUGGUUCCUCAACAGGCAGAAGGAUGUCAAGGACGGGAAAUUCAGUCAAGUGCUGGCCAAUGGCCUGGACAACAAGUUGCGAGAAGAUCUGGAGCGGCUGAAGAAAAUACGAGCUCAUCGCGGUCUCCGACACUUUUGGGGCUUGCGCGUACGCGGUCAGCACACCAAGACCACCGGCCGCCGCGGCCGCACCGUGGGCGUCUCCAAAAAGAAAUAAACUCAGCGCUGUUGUGUU